CCAUGUUGGCUGGUGUGUGGGUGUCAAACCGAGCUGAAGGCGGUGGCGGCGGCGGCGGCGGCGGCUCCGCAGGCUCGGGUCGCUCCCGCCUCCCCAACGCUGCCGGCGGCCACAGCCGCGCACUCGGGCCGGCCCGGAGGAGCGGAGGUCAUGCCUUCCGGCUUCUCAGACCUCAGGCUCCAGUGGGAGAAAUGACAGUCAGGGGUCCUGCUGCAGAUCUGUUACGGAGGCUGAACCUUUGCAGGGCUCAAGCUUGCCCAAAACAGGAAAGCUUCUCUCUUUGAAGGGCUUUAUAUUGGUAACAGAGAAUAAAAAUGACGACUUCAUCUAUCAGACGGCAGAUGAAAAACAUUGUGAACAAUUACUCAGAAGCUGAAAUAAAAGUCCGGGAGGCCACCUCCAAUGACCCAUGGGGCCCAUCCAGCUCUCUGAUGACUGAGAUCGCAGACCUGACCUACAACGUGGUGGCCUUCUCGGAGAUCAUGAGCAUGGUGUGGAAGCGGCUCAAUGACCACGGCAAGAACUGGCGGCACGUGUACAAGGCGCUGACGCUGCUGGACUACCUCAUCAAGACGGGCUCCGAGCGGGUGGCCCAGCAGUGCCGCGAGAACAUCUUCACCAUCCAGACCCUGAAGGACUUCCAGUACAUCGACCGCGAUGGCAAGGACCAGGGCAUCAACGUGCGUGAGAAGUCAAAGCAGCUGGUGGCCCUUCUCAAGGACGAGGAGCGGCUGAAGGCUGAGAGGGCCCAGGCUCUCAAAACCAAAGAGCGCAUGGCCCAGGUCACCACCGGCAUGGGCAACAACCAGAUCACCUUCGGCCGUGGCUCCAGCCAGCCCAACCUCUCCACCAGUUACUCAGAGCAGGAGUACGGCAAGGCCGGGGGGUCGCCUGCCUCCUACCAUGGCUCCACAUCCCCGAGAGUGCCCUCCGAGCUGGAGCAGGCCCGGCCCCAGACCAGCGGAGAGGAGGAGCUUCAGCUGCAGCUGGCUCUGGCCAUGAGCAGAGAGGUGGCUGAGCAGGAAGAACGCCUGAGGCGGGGCGAUGACCUCAGAUUGCAGAUGGCCCUGGAAGAAAGCCGGAGAGACACGGCCAAAGUUCCAAAAAAGAAAGAGCAUGGCUCCCACCCACAGCAGACCACUUUGUUGGAUUUAAUGGACGCCCUUUCCAGCUCAGGGCCUGUUGCCCAGAAAGCAGAGUCCCGGUGCCGGCCGGCCUCAGCUAACCAGACCAACCUAUGGGGCGGGCCGGCAGCCCCAGCCAGCACGUCAGACCCCUGGCCAUUGUUCGGUGCCAAGCCAGCUGCCUCUGUUGACCCCUGGGGAGUGCCCACUGGAGCCAGCACACAGCCUGUCUCCAAGAGCUCAGACCCCUGGUUGGCGCUGCCACAGCCUGCUUCCGGUGCCGGGAAAACAGCUGAUGCCUGGGCUGCAGCCUCAGCUGCAGCCAGCAAGCCUGUGCCUGCCUCUGGGGCCUUCGACCUCUUCAGCAAUUUGAAUGGUACAAUUAAAGAUGACUUUUCUGAAUUUGACAACCUCCGAACUUCAAAAAAAACAGCCGAGGCAGCGGCCUCCCCACUGUCCCAGAACAAUGGAACUACAAGCCCCAACCCCUUUGAGUCUCAGCCUCUGACUGUCACCUCCAGCAAGCCCAGCAGCGCCCGGAAAACACCUGAGUCCUUCCUGGGCCCCAACGCGGCCCUGGUGAACCUGGACUCGCUGGUGACUAGGCCAGCCCCACCAGCCCAGUCCCUCAACCCUUUCCUGGCACCAGGUGCAGCCACAGCCUCAGCCCCUGUCAACCCCUUCCAGGUGAACCAGCCCCAGCCGCUGACGCUGAACCAGCUGCGGGGGAGCCCAGUCCUGGGAACCAGCUCGUCCUUUGGGUACAGCCCAGGUGUGGAGCCCUCCAUGACCUCCACAGCCCCACACGCAGCUCUGGGGGCCGGUGGUUCCUCCCUGACACCACUGGGCCCCGCCCCAAUGAACAUGGUGGGCAGCGUGGGCCUACCCCCGUCCGCAGCGCAGGCCACUGGCACAACCAACCCUUUCCUUCUCUAGUGCCGGGGCUUGGGACCCGCCACAGAGCAAAUGUCCAGAUGCCUGUGCCUGAGGACGCUGAGCAAGGACUUAUCACUAAUGGAAUGGUGUCUGAGGGUUGGGGGUGGGUGUUGCGGUUUUCCAGUUCAGUUUCCUGAUAAAAGGGUUGUCUGCCCAGCCUCAGCCCUCAGACCUGAGUGGGCAUGCUGAGCCAGAGGACUCAGCACUCCGUCUCUGCGCCCUGAGGCUGCCCGCUCACCAGCCCAGCCAGCUGCCCUCACUGCCUCCCGUGCAAGGGCCCGGCUCCCCUCAUUGCAUCCCAUUGCAAGGGCCUGCCUCCCCUCACUGCCUCCUGGUGCAAGGGCCCGGCUCCCCUCACUGCUUCCUGUGCAAGGGCCCGGCUCCCCUCACUGCCUCCUGUGCAAGGGCCCGGCUCCCCUCACUGCUUCCUGGUGCAAAGGCCCAGCUCCUGUGGAGGCUGGUUGGCUGUUGGGGUGUUGCCCUUACCCCAGCCUCAGCCCAAGGGUCUCUGGGACACUGCUUAGCCCAGCACUUGGGAUGCCCCCCCCCCACUCUGGCAACACCCCCAGGUGGUCCCUGGUAUGCACAGAGUGAAGCACCUGCCCCACUAGACACUGACCUUUUGGGGAAGUGGUUGUGCAUAUUUUAUUUUUCCUUGACUCAUGUGUGAGUUAAAAGUAAACACCACCACCGUGGAACAACUCCUGAAUUAAAUCCACUAGAGCAAGCUUUAAACUAAUCUGAGCAUAACCCUGCCACGUGGCUCUAUGCUUGUAUACGUUUGCACAUAUUUUGUUUAGUACAGUUUCAUAUUUGAGUUUGCAGAAUUAUCUAAUAGUCUUUUUUUGGCUAAUAUUUUUAUAACGUGGUUCUUAUUUAACUGUCUAGUUUUGAUAGAAUUUACCAGGUCUGGCUGAAUUAAGAUGUUGGCAAGUGUCAUGUUAGUGGUUUAAAUCCUCUUAUUUAUGGUUUUAACUGUAAGAAAAUUUAAAUAGAAAGAGACAAAAACAAUGCCUUAUGGAAAAACUAAAGCAAAUUCUUUAUAGGGAAAAAUAUGGGAAUUUGAUUACACAUAAAAGAUGAUGUUUACGGAAAAAAAACUCCCAACAGCAACAAAACAUCCUAGCCUCCAGUUGCUUUUUCCCUCCUUUAGCUCCCUUUUUUGGUGAAUUACCAAACUGACUGACCUUCAGCCCUUUUGGCCAGAUGCUAAGAAAAAGGCUAUUUUUCUUACUGAUAUACCAAUAUCAGGAAAGUAAAAAAAAAUCUAAUGUAUGAAUAUGAUGCACUAGUUUUUACCAGCUAAUUCUGUUUUGUAAGUGUAGGCAGGCACGGAUUACAAGGACCUCGUUUACAGUGGGUAUCUGGAAUGGACGAGAUGGCUGGAGCCGUGUGUCUGACUUCCUCUGUCCCAAUCCACUCUCAGGGGAAGGUGGGGAUAGCACGGAGAUGGCGGGCGCUGGAGAGCGGCGGUGCUUCUGUGCCUGUGGCUCCCUGGGGGAUCCCUGGCCCACUCAGCUGCCAACUCCAGACACGUUGCAGACUUAAAAAUACUCAUCUCUUUGGAGAGGAAAAAAAAACAUUCUCACACAGAAUAGAUUGUUAAUAAACAUGCACUAUUACUGCCUCCCUCUCCAACCUCCUGCUCUCCUCACCACACCCACCACUAUAAAAAACUCAAGUCACCAGAGAGGACUGGCAUCCCUACAGUGGGGGUCAUUCACCUGAAGCUGGUGCCCGUCUGCUUUUGUGGAGGGCUGGGCAUUCCCCCUGUGGACGUCUCAACUCCAGCUCACAGGGCAGCCAGCCUCUUGGGAGCCCCUCCGCCCCUCCCAGGUCCAGGUAUGACCCUUAGCACUGGGCACUAGGGAGGUGGAGAAAUGCCAGGAGGCACGCUGGCCGAGCUAGACCUGCCCUGUCGGGCCACUCCAUUUCCUGCUUAAAAGAGCUCACCUGUGCUGCCCUGGGAGCUGCCCUCCAGCCCGGGUUCCUGACUGGCCAUGCCUCAGCCUGAACUGGAGACAUGGGGCGGACCCUGGGCUUAGGUCACUGAAGGUGGCCGAGUCUGGCCUCUUCCACCUGGAGUGGUGCUUCCCCAGGGAGGUGCCUCCGCUCACAUGGUGUGGUCCGGGCCCUUUCACUGCGUAGGCCAAACUCAACUACUGGGUCAGUGGUUUCUUUUCUAACAGUCAAGAGCCUUUCCUGACAUGACUUUGACUCCCAACAUUACAGCCACGGGGCCACCAAAGCUGAGAAGAUCCCCGCCCCACUUCCACACACAGGCCUGGCCCCAGGCUCUGUCCCUGUUGCCUGCUGCACUGACCAUGAAGCCAGCGGCUGCUGCCAUGCGUGUUAUACACAUGCCUCGUGUGCCCUCUUCAUGGGCACUGUGGUAGGAGGUGUCACCCAGCCAUUUCCUCAGUGCCAAGGCCUGGUGGCUGGUUUUGAACUUGUGUUGACUAUUGAUACUUAUUUACUAUAUGAAUAUAAUUUAUCAUUUGUAUCAUGA